ACAAUUUGUAGCCAAAUCGAAUCAAAGCGACCUAAUCACUCAUUUCUAAUUAAGACCCGAAUCAAACUUUACUACGAGGGGUGCCUUGACUCAUACGGAGUAAGAAGUUGCCGUCAAAUUUGUUGACUUUGACUUUGACUUUGACUUUGACUUUGCUGUUCAUUUCAAAUGGGUGCAAGUUGGUUAUUUUUCACAACCAACUUGUCAAUAAUUGUCUCUUGCAACUUGCAACUUGCAACUUGUCAAUAACUGUUAAGAUCCAUGAAAUCCUGCUGGAUUCAAAUCUCUACCUUAUCUUUUAACAUCCUUAGCCUCUUUUUAAUUCCUUCUAAGUUCAAACUUGAUACAUCAAGAUGUCUGAAGCACUUUUGUGGGCUGUCACAAAAUCAGUACUAGGACACAUUGCUUCUUUUGCAGGUGAUAUUACUUGCAGCUAUGCUAGUCAAGGGAUUUUAGCAUCUCAAAGUGUUCGAAACGACCUGAAGAAGAUUGAAAACAAGCUGAUUGCUAUCCGUGCAGUUCUUCAUGAUGCCGAGAGAAAGCAGUAUGAUAGUGAGGCCAUCAAAGUUUGGCUGAAAGAUCUCAAAACUGUUGUUUAUGAUAUAGAUGACCUCUUGGAUGAAGUUGGCACUGAUUUAUUGCGUCGUAGAGUCAACAAAGGCCAUGUACUUCAACAAAUUAGGUACUAUCUUUCAUCCUCAAAUCCAGUUUUGGGUCAUUUUUAUUGGAGUCAACAGAUUAGGGACCUUUUACAGAGUUUUGAUGACAUAGCUGCUAAUAAGAGGGAUCUUGGGUUGGAUGAUCAUACAGUUGAAACACACAAUAAUAUCGAAAGGAAUCCAUUAGAUGCGUUUUCUUAUGUGAAGAAAACAGAAAUCAUUGGUAGGGAUGGAGCUAAAUGUGAAAUUGUCAGACGUUUAACGAGUAGGUGUGUUGGAAAUGCUAGUAAGUUGGUUGUGCUUCCAAUAGUUGGAUUGGGUGGAAUUGGGAAAACGGCCUUGGCUAAGCUUGUUUUCAAUGAUGAGUGGGUAACUAGUAACUUUGAUGUUAAGUUGUGGGCAUGUGUCUCAGAAAAUUUUGAUCUGCAAAAGACAAUAGAAGAAAUAUUGAAUUCUGUUAGUAAUGAAAACACAGCAAACCUUAGCUUAAGACAGUUACAUGAAAGGCUUAGUGAGAUAUUAUUAGAUGGUCGAAAGCAUUUUCUUGUGCUUGAUGAUGUGUGGAUUGAGGACAUCAAGGUAUGGCGCGACUUGGAAAGUUUAAUAGCUGUAAGUGAAGAAGGAUGUGUGAUUUUGGUCACUACACGAAGUGAUAUGGUAGCAUCUGUGGUUGGAAAUGUUGAGCCAUAUUGUUUGAAUAAUCUUUCUAGUGAUGUUUGUUGGUCCAUAUUCAAACAAUUGGCAUUCAAGAGUGGUGAAGAGGAAAGAUAUCCUAAUCUUGCUAGAAUUGGGAGGAAUAUUGUUGACAAAUGUGGUGGGGUUCCUCUGGUUGUUAAGGUUCUUGCAAGCCUGUUACGCAGUGAGAGAGUCGAUAGAGAAUGGAUGCGAAUUGCUGAAACAAACAACUUUCUGAACAUACACCCACAGCAUAAUGACAUCAAGCAAGCUCUGAAAGUGAGCUAUAACAAACUCCCGUCUCAUCUGAAAGCGUGUUUUGCUUAUUGUUCGUUGUUUGUCAAGGAUAGCAAGCUCAAUCCUCCAAUGGUAUCAUGUUUGUGGAGUGCACUUGGACUAUUACAACGAGGAGACAACAGCGAAGAGUUAGAAUCAGUGGGAUACAAGUACUGUGAAGACUUAUUGUCAAGAUCUCUUCUACAGGAUGCAUUUGUUGUGUUUACUGAAACUGUAAGUGAAUGUAGAAUGCAUGAUUUAUUCCAUGAUUUGGCAACUGAUAUUGUUGGCCAAGAGGUAGCUGUUGUAACUAGCAAUCAGCUAAAUGUUACAGAGAUAUGCAGACAUUUAGUAUGGGGAUACGAAGGAGGUGAAGGUUUAUCUGACAAGGGGUUCCCCAAAGAGCUACUCAAAGCAAAAAAGGCUCGAACAUUCAGAUUUGGGUAUGCAAUGGGUUAUAUUAACAGGGCAUUUAUUGAAGGCAUUAUACACAACUUUAGAUGGUUGCGCGUAUUAGAUUUUCAUCAGAGUUGUUUUGAGGAGUUGCCAAGGUCAAUUGGAAACUUGAAGCAUCUCAGGUAUCUUGACUUAUCAUACAACCGUAUCAUAAAAGCUCUUCCAAGUACAAUAUGUAAGUUAUUAAAUCUGCAAUCAUUGUUUGUUCCUGGGUGUGAGAUGUUACAAGAGCUACCAAGGGAUUUAGACCAGUUGGUAAGCCUAAGGUAUUUUUCUGUGACUACGAAUCAAAUGAGCUUAGCUAGUUCCAAAUUACAUGGCUUAAGUUGUUUGGGACGACUUGAAUUAUAUUCAUGUGAAGAGUUAACAUCCCUGUGGAAUGGUUUUUCUAUUCAAUUCAAUACUUCCCUGCUAGAGCUUCACAUUGUAAAUUGUCCUAAAUUGAUCAGUAUUCCUUGUAGCAUGAAUCAACUUGUUUCCCUUGAGACAAUGGUUAUCCGUGAUUGUCAAGAACUAGAUUUAGAGAGAGGUGAUUACCUACGUGGGCUUCAAAACCUUAGAACCUUGGAAAUUACCGGGUCUCCAAAGCUAAGAAAUCUGCCAAGAGGAAUCCAAUCUGCUGCAAGCUCUCUUCAAUAUCUCUGGAUUGAAGAUUGUAAAGAAUUGACUACACUUCCAAAUUGGUUGAAGAAUUUCACUUUGCUUAGAAAAAUUAACAUUUACAGUUGCCCAAAAUUAGUAGCUCUGCCUGAAGGAUUAAGCCAGCUCAGAUGUUUGCAGAAGAUACAGAUUGAGAACUGUUCUCUUCUCAGCAAUAGAUGCGAUAGACAUACAGGUGAAGAUUACCCUCAUAUUUCUCAUGUGCCUCAGGUGUAUAUCGAUGAAAGAUGCAUCAAUGGAACAGACGCCCAGUAAUUAAGGCGGUAACAGAUUUUUUUGCUGAAGAUACAGAUUAAGAACUACCCCCAUCUCAGUAAAAGUUGUGCAAGAUAUCAGGAAAGAAUUCCCUUAUCUUUUUAUUUCUGACAUUCAGUCUGUUAUUCCGGUGUUCUGAAACUACACUUUAUAUUGAUCAGGCCAGGCCAGGCCAGGCCAGGCCAGAGUUUAAUUAGAAUAAUUCUUUUAUAUA